AUUUAUUCCUAGGUAUUUUAUGGUUUUGGGUGUAAUUGUAAAAAGCAUGACAUUCUAUACCAGACGUCUCACCUACUUCUGAACCGUGACUAAUAAGUGGGUGUUCUUUUAAGCCACUAAGUUUGUGGUAAUUUAUUAUACGACAAUAACAAGCUAAUAUAUAGGGUGAUGGUGUGACCCCAGGUUAAGAAAACUUUUACAGUAUUCCAGACUUGAGGCAAGAGAGCUGUAUCAGAGGCAAUGCAGUGAACAGAAGGGGUAAGAAACCAGGAGUUUUAAGGAAAUAGAAUUAUGUAAACUUUGAAGAUAAGAUGGUAAUGGUUAGUGGGAAUGAGGAGCCCUGAAUAAUAACCCAUUUCUAGGUUAGCUAACUCGGUAAAGGAUGGUGCCAUUAACAUAUAAAAGGAUAGCAAGAGGAGACCACAAGGGACCACAAGGAGAUGGUGAACUCAGUUUAGUGGGGAUGUCUAGUAAAUAGUUGGGUACCUUGGGGAAGAGGACCAUGCUAUAGAUAUAGAUAAGGAUAAAGAGAAAGGCAACCUAAUACUUACUUAGGACUUACCCUAUACCAAGAAUUUCCCUAAAAUGUGCUAGAGAUUAUGAGGCAUUUAAUCCUCAAACAAUCUAGGAAGGUAGGAAUUAUUAUUAAACUUACAAUGUAGAUGAGGUAAAAAAGCCUCAGAGUGAUUAAGUAAUCUUUCCAAGAUCACACACAUACCAAGUGGAAGAAUUUGAAUUCAAGCUUGAUUAAUUUGACUCUAAAUCUCAUUCUUUUAACAUUUCUCUAUUACACUUCUCUAGAGAUGUGAAAGACACCAAAAGUAUUAGAGUUAUGACACAUACUAUAUCAAUCACAGAACAAUAACAAAAAAAAGUAUUGGGAAUGGCAAUGGCUCUGCCCCUGAACACUCCUCUUUUAUAACUGAGCACGAACUCUAGGAUAACUAGGAGCACAAAGGAGGCUACUUCCUCCCUGCAUGGAAAAUUUGAAAUUCUUAAUGGGAGCUGAUAACGUGGAGAACGUUGAGUCUCAAAGGAACCAGCGUUAAUAUAUUGACAAAGGAUGUAAAUAUAGGCUCAAUAAUUUCUUCCCUCAGGAGCCUGGUCAAACUUUGAUGCUAAAUGAGCCUUGUUUUCCAAGCUUCUAAACAAGUUGCUGAGAUCCAUGGAGAAUAAGAUAAAUUCACAAUAUUAGCCCGCUGAUGAUUUGGAGACAUAAAGUUGAUGCAUUUGCCUUGCCCAUUUGCAAAUUUUAUGCAAAUCCACAAGCAAGGGAUAUUGGCUUCUCCAUUUUCAGAGGCUUUGUCUCCUUCAGGAAAGUGAAAGGAAAACACUUAGGUGUCUAGCAGUAGUGAGGUCUCCAGGCAGAAGGAAGUUGGGCAGCUGAGUCUUUCUGUUCUCAUGUUUUCAUUCUCACAGCUGCAGCAGUAAAGAGGUGUGGGGAGACCACCUGUCCUUCCUGAACAAUUUAUUGUGAUUUUGAGGUAAGACUGGGUGAAGGGAAUGGGUAGGAGACGUUCAGGACGAUAGGGGAAUUCAAAUUCCUCCAGUUACUAUGUGUGUGAUCUUGGACAAGUUACUUAACCUCUCUGAGCCUUUUUACCUCUUAGCACUUUCAUUAAGCCAGGUACUGAGUUUCUGAAAGGUAAAAGGGAGAAAGUGGGUUGAACAGUGGGUGCAGUGGGUAUCAUAGUGACUUUACUGUCUCAGAGCCUCAAGAAUUUUCAUAGGAAGUGGUCCCAUGUCCAACUGUCGGCUCCUUUGUUCUCUGUCUGUAUGGCCUUGACCAGCCUAUUCAUCUCUUCAAGAUAUUGCUUUCACAUGUGACCAUCACUUCAUCCUGGUUUGUGUCAGCCCAGGGGAGGUUAGGAGUUAUGGGUGAGAUCUGAAAACAUGGAAGAAAAGGACAAAUGAGGAAAGAAAAGUUAAAGGUGGAGAAUCCUUGCCCUGGCUCUUCUUCCAGGGUGCUGUCCCUACAGCCAGACUCAAGCUCCCGUAGAACAAAGCCUUAUUGUAGAAACAAAGGAUCUGAAUCCUCUCCUGAUGUGACACCUCUCUCCUUUUCUCACAGAUCACACCCUGGCAGGUAAUGGCUAUGGAAAAUGACUCUUCAGUGACAGAGUUCAUCCUGGUAGGAUUUACAGACCGACCUCAGCUCCAGUUACCCCUUUUCUUUCUCUUUUUACUGAACUAUGUGGUCACUAUGGUAGGAAAUUUGAGCCUAGUUAAUCUAAUAUGCCUGAAUUCUCACCUGCACACUCCCAUGUACUUUUUCAUCUUCAACUUAUCCUUCAUAGAUUUCUGCCACUCUUUGGUCAUUACCCCUAAAAUGCUGAUGAGCUUUGUCUCAGAGAAGAACAUCAUUUCCUUUACAGAAUGCAUGACUCAGCUGUUUUUCUUCUGUUUCUUUGUGCAUUCUGAGUGCUAUGUGUUGACAGCCAUGGCCUAUGAUCGCUAUGUGGCCAUCUGUAAACCUCUGGUGUACACGGUCACCAUGUCCCCUCAGGUCUGUUCUCUGCUGAUGUUUGGUUCUUACGUGAUGGGGUUUGCUGGUGCCAUGAUCCACAUAGGGGACAUGGUCAGAUUGUCCUUUUGUGAUUCUAACAUCAUCAACCAUUACAUGUGUGACAUCUUCCCCCUCCUUCAGCUCUCCUGCAGUGGCACCUAUGCCAGUGAGUUGCUGAAUUCCAUUAUUGUGAGCACAGUUGUCAUAAUAUCCGGCUUCAUUAUUUUCAUUUCUUAUGCUUUGGUCCUGUCCAAUGUCCUCCACGUCUCAUCAGCUCAGGGUUGGCCCAAAGCCUUCAGCACCUGUGGCUCCCACAUAGUAACUGUGGGUCUGUUCUAUGGGUCUGGGUUGUUCACACAUCUCAAGACCUCUCCUUCUGAUUCUGUGGACCAGGGGAAAUUCUUUUCAGUAUUUUACACCAAUGUAAUACCCAUGUUGAACCCCCUCAUCUAUAGUCUAAGGAACAAGGAUGUCAAAUGUGCUCUGAAAAAAACCCUGAAGAGAAUUGCAAACUAAGCAGAAUCAAUGUUUCUGAGUUGUUGGUGUGUGUUGUUUCUGAGUUGUGUGUGUGUGUGUGUGUGUGUGUGUGUGUGUGUGUGUAUGUGUGCGCGCGCGCGCGUGCACAUGUCCUCAUAAUUUUUUUCGGAACAAGUUUUUUUUUUGUUUUAAAUACUUAAUCCUCUGUAAGCAUGUCAAUUAAACGUGCAAACAUUAUUGAAUUUCAUGGUUACUCUCAGUCCCAUACUGACUUGAACUUUAUUCUUAACAUCAUGUUCUAAGACUCAGCCCAAUCCAUACUACCUUUUUAAACCACCUCCCACUUUGCUUCUUUCUAUGUACUUUUCAUAUAUAAGCAAACAUUAUAGCGGUAUGCUCUCUGAUUAGGUCACCCCUCUUUGUUUUCCCUAAAAACAAUUGCAUAUGGCCCUUCUGUUUUUCAGCAUUUGGGGAAUGUUUACUGUGUAAGUUAUAAAUUUCCCUGAAUUUCAGAGUUCUUUUUAUCCUGGUUUCUAUACUGGAUUUCCUAACCCACAGAGGAGAUAGAAAAAGAUUCCUUGUUGAGCUUUUGGUUUUUAAAAAUGUUUAUUCCUGAGGAUGGCUAAGAAUGGGUGAGGCUCACCAACCUUCCCACCUUCUUCAAACCCACCAGUGAUAAAAAUUACAGACAUUUCUUUAGAAACAUGGGUAUGUUUCAUAACAUUGAGAAAAUGGUUUGAUAUCAUAGAGAGAAGGUUGCC